AUGGCGAGAAUGCCUGCCAGCGGAGACACGGAGCAGGAGCAGAUGAGCUGCCCCGAGAGGAGUAGGGAUGAGGAUAAUGAGGAGGAAGAUGAAGAUGAGAUCCAGGAGGUCCAGAUCACCGGGGAGGGGGAGGACGAGGAGUCCGAUAGAGAUGGUGUGGAGCUGGAGUGGGAGUCAGGGAGCACAGUGCUGGACUCCAGCGGUUCCGCCGAGGAGACACAAGCGGUCGUUAUGCGGAGUAUGGACCGAGGAGAGGAGGAAGGAGAGGCGGACCCCUUCAGCAGCAACAUCCACACUGGGCUGGAGUCUCACCUGGAGGGAGACCUUCAGCGGUCAGAGCGGAACCGUCUGAGCGAGAACACCCGCCUGGCCACCCGGUAUGCAGUGAGGAUCUUCAGGGAGUACCUCAGUGAGAAAGCCCAAAGUCAAGACUUUGAAACUAUGGACAAGGAGGCGCUCUGCGCUGUGCUGCGCUCUUUUUACGCGGAGGCGCGCUCCAAAAGUGGACAGUUGUACAGCAAGUCUUCCCUCAUCAGCAUCCGGAGCUCACUGAACCGGUACCUGAACGAACCGCCCUACUGCCGCACCUUAGACCUCACCAAGGACCCAGAGCUGCGCAGCGCCAACCUGACCCUGGCCGCGGUCAUUCGGAGGCUGGAGGAGCAAGGUGCCGGUCCCGUGGUGCAGAAACAAGCCAUCACGCGCUCAGACCUGCGGAAACUGUACGAGUCCUCCGUGUUCAACACCGACACGGCGUUCGGGCUGCUCAACAAAGUCUGGUUCGAGACCUGUAUGUAUUUCUGCACCAGGGGCCGGGAGAACCAACGGGAACUGGAGGAGGACUCGUUCGGAUUGGCCGUGGAUGAGGAUGGAAGAAAGUUUGUCUAUUUUAAAGCUCUCGGACCAUACCACAAGUCCCGCUCCGCCGCCUGGACCAAGAAGCGUCCGGACGCAGACGAGGACACCUUGCCGCGGAUGUACGAGACGGGCACGGAGCAGUGUCCGUACGCCAGCUUCGUCCGGUACGUGUCUAAACGGAACCCCCUCUGCAGGGCGUUCUUCCAGCGUCCCCGGGACCACUGCUGCGCGAACGACGUGACGUGGUACGAGAACAAAGCCAUCGGCAAGAACCUGUUGGGCACGAGGAUGCAGAUGUUGUCUCGCGCUGCCAAGCUCUCCAAGACCUAUACCAACCACUGCAUCGGUGCCGUGUCCAUAGCAACCCUCAACAGCAUCGUGGGCGCCGCGGGCUCUAGGCCGACGACGACGCUUUACGUUGCCUCGGAAACGGUCAACGGUCACACGCAGUCCCACCUCCAGCUCGUAAUCCCGUACCUCCGCCGAGUAACCGAUGCUGCGGCUCCAGAUCCGCAGCGGACAACGACAGCACCGGCAUCAGCAAUACUAAACAAGUCAGCAACAACAGCCGCGAGCAGAGCCAACGCUGAGGACGAUCUGGGAGCUCCUUACGCCAAGAAACUGUGCGUGCGCCCCGGGACACGCGCGGAGUCGCCUGCGGAGCGGAACGAGCGCGAGCCGGUGCCUGCGAGAGCCAAGGAGUCUCAUAUUCAUACACAGCCCGCCGUGCGGUCCCCGGUCGCCGUGCCGACACAGGACAGCCGUGGCAGCAGCAGCAGCAUGUCGAGUCAGCAGCUGGUCUCUGCAUCUCCUCUGGGCUCUGCCGGCAUCCCCACACCAGCCAAGCUCACCAAAACAAACGCACCCGUCCACAUCGAUGUAGGAGGGCACAUGUACACCAGCAGCCUGGGCACCCUCACAAAGUUCCCAGAGUCACGGAUUGGUCGUCUGUUUGAUGGAACGGAGCCUAUAGUGUUGGACAGUCUAAAACAGCACUACUUCAUCGAUCGAGAUGGACCCAUGUUCCGUUACAUACUGAACUUCCUCCGGACCUCAAAACUCCUCAUCCCUGAUGACUUCAAAGAAUACUCCCUGCUGUAUGAAGAGGCCAGUUUCUUCCAGCUGGCUCCUCUGCAGGCCGAGCUGGAGCGCUGGAGGACUGAGCGGGAAUGCGGGGGUGUGUGUCUAGAGUGUGAGUGUGUCGUGAUUCAUGUGGCUCCGGAGCUCGGUGAAAGGAUCAGCGUGAGUGCCCACCGGGCCGUGAUCGAGGAGGUUUUUCCUGAGAUCAGAGAUGUCGUGUCCACUUCCUUGAAUGCCAGCCGGAACCAGGACUCCACACACGUCAUUCGCUUCCCGCUCAAUGGCUACUGCCACCUCAACUCCGUCCAGGUGUUGGAGCGGUUGCAGCACAGAGGGUUCUGGAUCACAUGUUCAUGCGGCGGUGGAGUGGACUCUUCCCAAUUUAGUGAAUACAUUCUACGGCGAGAUGGCCGGGGCAGCCGACACCCCCCCACCCUCAUCCGCAUCAAGCAGGAGCUUGUGGAGUGA